UCCUCACCCCACCCCCGCGACCGGGCGGGUGCGGCGGUCUCGGCUCGGCAGGGGGCCCUCGAGUGACCGGCCCCACUCCACAAGCUCGUUACAUCUCGGAUUUCGGGGGGCGCCCUCCCCCCGCCUCUUGGCACCCCGCUUUUCUCUGUAUUUCCCUCGGGUUUUAUAGCCGUCUAUUUUUUGCACUUCUUUACGUUUUGCUUCGAGGCGGUCUGAGGGUGAGGCUGCAUUCGCGCCCCCCCACCCCGCCUCUUUUAUCCUUCCCUGCUCCGACAGCCCCCCCUUUUCAUUGCAGUCGGGGGUGGGGGGGCUUGGAUCAGUGCAUCCUCAGCCGCGCUGCCAGCACCCCGCAGCGCGUGGCGGUGCACCUCGGAAUUUGCAGCCUCGGCUUCUCCGCUAACGGGGGUCGCCCUCUGCCCCGCCGCCUUUGCUCCGUGCGCGGUCUGGUGCGUGGCGGGGCUUCAGCUAGCGGCGCCCCGCUUCUCCGCAGCCCCCCACCCCGCGCCGCCAACAUGGUCAACCGGAAAGAGAAGAAGAGCUGCGGGCAGGUGGUUGAGGAGUGGAAGGAGUUCGUGUGGAACCCGAGGACGCACCAGUUUAUGGGCCGCACCGGGAGCAGCUGGGCCUUUAUCCUCCUCUUCUACUUCGUCUUCUAUGGCUUCCUCACGGCCAUGUUCACCCUCACCAUGUGGGUUCUGCUACAGACUGUUUCCGACCAUACCCCCAAGUAUCAAGACCGACUGGCCACACCGGGCUUGAUGAUUCGCCCCAAGACCGAGAACCUUGAUGUCAUCGUCAACGUCAGUGACACUGAAAGCUGGGACCAGCAUGUUCAGAAGCUCAACAAAUUCUUGGAGGCUUACAAUGACUCCAUCCAAGCCCAAAAGAAUGAUGUCUGCCGGCCUGGACGCUAUUAUGAACAGCCUGAUAAUGGAGUUCUCAACUACCCCAAACGUGCCUGCCAGUUCAACCGGACCCAGCUUGGUGACUGCUCUGGCCUCGGCGACCCUACUCACUAUGGUUACAGCACUGGGCAGCCCUGUGUCUUCAUCAAGAUGAACCGGGUCAUCAACUUCUAUGCCGGAGCAAACCAGAGCAUGAAUGUCACCUGUGCAGGAAAGCGAGAUGAAGAUGCUGAGAACCUUGGCGGCUUCGUCAUGUUCCCAGCCAAUGGCCACAUCGACCUCAUGUACUUCCCUUACUAUGGGAAACAAUUCCACGUGAACUACACGCAACCCUUGGUGGCUGUGAAGUUCCUGAACGUGACCCCCAAUGUGGAGGUGAAUGUGGAAUGCCGGAUCAAUGCUGCCAACAUCGCCACGGAUGACGAGCGAGACAAGUUUGCUGGCCGCGUGGCCUUCAAACUCCGCAUCAACAAAACCUGAGACCCCUUCCUUCCGCCCCUGUCUUUUUCCCGUGGAUGCUUCUGGAAUGUCCCUGACCCUGCCUGGUACCUCCCUCACUUGCCCCAAAGGUAUUUUUUAUAACAGAGCUAUGGCUUGUCUGAGCCCCAUCUCUUUUCCUUUACUUCCCAAUCCAGCCUGGGAGCCAUGGUCAUUUCCGGGCUACACACACUUUCCCCACCUCCUUCUCCCAACUCCAGCCCCCUCACCUUUCUCUCCUAUGGGCUUUGUUCUGAAGGUGAGGUCCUCACAGCUACCCCACCUUUCCUGACCCCCUGUCCCCAGAGAGCUGUGACAAUGCCCACCCUUGACACUGUCCGAGAUGAAUGUGGUAACCUGUUCUUCCUAAGCUUCAGUCUCUGUGACCCCCACCCCCCUCCACGCCACCCCCCACUCACACCCACACCCACACACAUACACCCUUACCUUGGUGGCUUUUGACUGAACUCAGUCCUCUGGCAGGUCUUCAGUUCUCCAUCCUCCAUUCCCUCCUCUGAAGAGAAACCUUUCUGAGAUUGAGGACCAGGUGGUUCUGUGGCCAGUCCCCUCUCCCCUCAGCACAUCCUCACCCUGUGGUGACUGCGCGAGCUGGGAAAUGAGGUCUCCUCCCACGGGGAGAGAGGAUGGAAGAGAAGGCUGCAUAUACAUAUGCACUCUUCUGGAACCUUCUCCAGUGGUGCCCGCUCCCCGCACUCCAGUCCCUGCCAGAUCCCUCCCACCCCCCACUUCGCCACUACUCCAAGGGGUGGAGUGGGUCUAGGCUGACUAUUCACUUUGUCCCUUUGUUUCCCUUCCCCCAUGAGCUGUCCCAGAAUAUCCUCCAAGUUCCACUUCCCAGGGCGUGCUGGGGUGGGGGAGGGGCGGCCAUGUUGGCUCUGUCCCCAGUGGCCACCUUGAAAACAACUGGCUAGGGGACCAUUCCACCUCCCUCCCCUGGGCCCAGAUCUGUCCCCACUGUCCUUUCCCGGCAAGCUAUCAACUAAUCACUAACUCCUGCUCUUUCCUCUGCAUGUCAGUCUGAGCGUUUAAAACACAACCCCGGCCCCACCCCCAGCUAUCGAAGCUCUGAAUUUCUUGGCUCCACCUCCACCUCCUUCAGACCCCUCUGCCUGUUGUCAAACCCCCACGAUGGAUGAUGUGCUUAGAAUGUUAAAUGAGGGACCUCCUGCUUGCUCAGGGGAGUGUGGUUUAAUGAUAGAGGCAUUUUUUUUAACUCUUUUUCUUCCAGUGUCCCUUCCUUCCUCCCCACUUCCACCUCCCCCUUUUCUUUUUAAAUGCUGCAGUAGCCUGCAUAACCCACUCCCGAGAGGUCUCUUGCUAGCUCUGGGUCUCUUCCCUUCCGCCCCACUAUGUUCCCGCUCCCCCUCUCCCCAAGGGUCUCUCUCUCUGCAGUUAUUUAAUGCCUAUGUCAGAUCUACUGUAAAAAGACGAUAAAGUACAAUAAAACGAGAGCAAUCAUAUAUAUAAAUAUAUAUCAUACACAGA